AACACACACACUUGCGCACAGCUAGCCAUUGGGCUGGUCAAUAUGGACUAUGAGCCCAAGCGAGCCAAGAAGGGAUUCGUGUCUCCAAUAAAGCGCCUGGUGUUCCCUAAAUCUAGCCGGCGACAGGUGGACAAAGGCAGUGUUUACCGCAGACCCCUUCACACUGUCCCACUUUACCCACCCGACUACCUCAUCCACCCAGAGAGACUCAUCUAUGACUAUGUGGAGAAGGAGGUCAAGUUCCUGGGACACCUGACAUGGGUGUCCUGUUCCCUGAACCCAUCCAGCAGAGAUGAGCUGCUGCAGCUUCUGGACACAGCCAGGAAGCUGAGGGUUUUGCCUCUAAAGACCAGUGUUGAACAGGACUGUAUUCUAAGUCUGUCUGCUCGCUGUCUGCUGCUUACCUGGAGAGACAAUGAAAAACUGUUGCUGAGGAUCCCUACACAUGAAAUCGCUGCUGCCUCCUACCUGCGGGAUGAUGCACUGCAUCUGCUGGUGCUCAAAACCGGUCUGAAUGUGGACACUGUACUAGCUGGUGACAGUCUGGAGAACAGGCCUACUGGUCUGGAGAGCCGCAGGCAAACAAUAAGCAACACUGACCCCAGGCCUGCAGGGGGCACCAUGGAGCGCCGCCACACCAUCUGUGGUGUGGACUGGAAACUCUCAUCCCGGCAUGAACCCAAACAGGGCAAUGUGGGUGGAGGAGCUGGAACUGGGGGUGGCGCUGGUGGUGAUGGUGGCAGCCUGGAACGGAAGCGUGUGAGCGGGAGCUGGGAGCGUAGACAGACCCGGAAGCCGUGCGGAGGUAGCUGGGAAAAACGGCCUGUGAGUGGAAGCUGGGACCGGAGGCCUGUAGGGGGCAGCUGGGAGCGACGGGGAGGUGUAGGGGUGGUUGGAGGGAGCUGGGAGAAGAGGCACGGGCCUGGAGGGAAACCUGGAGGAAGCUGGGAACGGAAGCACACGCCGGGUGGCAGCUGGGAACGCAGGCAGGCUUGCACGGGGAGCUGGGAAAGGGGGAAGUCUUAUGGUAGCUGGGAGAGGAGGAACCAUAAUCCCCUGGAGCCCAUGCCAUGCCCUGAUGCCUACUGCAACCUCAUCAUACUGGCCGUAGAGAACAGGGAUGCUGCAGAGGAGUAUUGCGCCCUCAUCUGUCAAAUGUUUCAGAUCAUCUAUGGACAUCAGACUAUUGAGUGUGUGGACAGGGCGGGUUUUCACUACACUAUGCCUGACCACUAUUGGCUGCAGAGAAGUGACAGCUGCCUCACUGACAUGACAUAUGGCUAUGACACAGACUUCAGCUGCUGCAGUUCAUAUGAUGGUUCACAGGAAGCAUUUGAUCCAUAUUAUAGUGAGAACUGCAGCGAGUGCUCAUCUCUCUCCUGCCAUGACUCACACCGGAGCCUGGCAUCCACACACAGUGACUCUGAGCCCUGCACUGCCAGUCUACAGGAAUACAUGAUCAUUUUGAGGAGUAAACUGACACCGCAGGAGAUUCAACAGUUUGCUCUCUUACUGAGGGAAUACAGACUUGGUGCUCCUAUAGAGCAGUUCUGCACUGACCUGCUGCAGCUCUAUGGAGACUCACGCAAGUUCCUGCUGCUUGGAAUGAGGCCCUUUAUUCCAGAUAAGGAUGUAGGAGUGUUUGAGGCAUUUCUGGAAGACAUUGGGAUCCGAGAGGGAGGGAUUUUGACGGACAGUUUUGGCCGGAUCAAGCGGAGCAUGAGCAGCACCUCCGCCACAGCAGUGCGUGGAUACGAUGGCUGGAACAUCCCGUCUGGAUCCCAGGAUUUCAACCGCAGAAUUGAUGACAUCACUCACAACAUUGAGGCUUUGGGCUUCGAGGAGGUCAAUGGAGACAUAGAGGAGGAGGACUAUUACUUGUGAAACACAGUGCGAACUAAAGGAAUAAUAAUAUGUCCACUGUGUUCUAAUUUUUUACUAUUGCGAUUUUUAUUUGUCACUGUAUUUGAAGUCUUACACUGGAUGGUUUACAAUGUUAGACAUUUUAUUGUAUUUUUUGUGGCAACUUACUUUUUUUGCUUAAUUUACUGCAACUACCCCUUUACAGUAACUUACCUGUAAACAUGUUUUACAGUAUCCGGGCCCUACCGCAGUUUCAUUUUAUGAUAAAAUGCCCUAAAAUACCACAUUUUAAUUUUACAGUAUGGCAGUUUUUACAGUACUUUUACUGUAAUUUAUUUACAUUUUGCACUGGCAGUACAAAACCUUUACUUAAUAAAUUCCAAACAAGGUUCAUGUACAACUGAUCAAUCUAUUUUAAAUACAUUUUGUGAUACAAGAUGUUAAUGGAUAUUUUUUAUUAACCGUGUCUUUACUAUUGUCUUCAACAACAGUAGCAGUACUUUAGUUUUAAAUGAUCCACAGUGCAGUGCAGAUUGCAUUAGUGAAAUAUCACAUUAGUGUGGUAUUUUACUGUCUGUUUUUGCAGUAAAUUGCAGCAAAGUCUAACAGUGUAGGUCACUAAAGUUCAAAUCAAAUUAGGAUUAUGCACUUUUCCACACACAUUACCAAUAGGCUCAUUCUAAAAACUUUAGCCCUAUGUAAAUUUUUGGAGAUCACAAAUGAUGUAGCCAGAAGUACACAUGGCUGCAUUUUGUCUUUAAAACAAACGCUACGGGCUGGUAUGACAUUGUUUUUUUAUGCACUUACCAGCUGACUACUUACCUCUGUAUGGACAGCUUUCCGGCUGUUACCAUUUUGACCAGUUAGCUCACCAUGUACGUCAGCGGACUUGAAACGCAGAGAGUAGUUGACCACGAUGAUGGGGUUCAAGUCCGAUGGAGAACGGUUCCAGAAAGCAGGUAAGACAAAAUCAGAAGCCAAAAAAUUUUAUAAAAAAGUAAAUAACAGUGUGAGAAAGUGGUAAAAUAAAAAAAAGGUCGUAAAAAUCAGGCGUGCAGGAUUGCUUUUUAAAAACUAUCGGUUGGUUUAGGGAAGUGGGUGAGCGGGUCAAUCGGUGCUUUUGAAAACACUAUUGGUUGGGUUUAGGGAAGGAGGAGGGCAGCUCAGUUGAUCAGUCAGUCAGUUGACAGCGGCUUCUGGUGGGUUUACGCAAGAACAGUAGGUGCAAAUGGCACUUGUGAGAGAAAUUUGAGAUGUCAAAAAGGGUACACAGUGGCCUCUGGUGGAUUUGUGAAAACAAAAACUGCAAAAAAAAUUUACUUCCUGGGACGUAUUUGGCGCUCUCCAGAAAUGUAUGAUGUUUUCAGAAUGGGGCUGGGUUGCCUAAUAUGCAGUAAGUAAAAUGAUCUACAAUGCAGUGCAUAUUUCUGCAGUGAACUGUAAAGAAUGUAUGUGGUAUUUUAUUGGCUUUUUCCUUCAAUAAAUUGUGGCAAAGUCUAACAGUGUAGCUCACUAAAGUUAAAAUCUAAUUAUGUAUGUACAUCAGCAGACUUGAGACACAGGGAGGAAUUGACCACAACAACAUGGUUUGAGUCUAGCAAAGAACGGUUCCAGAAAGCAGGUAAGACAAAAAUAAAAGUCAAAAAGUAAAAUAAACAAGUAAAUAACAGGGUGAGAAUGUGGUAAAAUCUUAAAACGUGGUAAAAAAAAUCAGUCGAGGGCUUUUCUUUUUUGGAUUGCUUUUUUAAAACUGUCACUUGGGCGCUGAUCAAUAGGUGCUUUUGAAAAAAUAACGUAGCUUUUGGGAUGUAUUAACGGUCUCCAGAAAUGUAUAUAGUGGUACGUUUUCAGAAUGAGCCUGGGUUGACAUUACUGUACUGUACAAAGAGAAAAUCUGUAGGACUAAAUCUGAACUCAGUAGAGCUUUGGUCGCAGAUAUGAUUAUGAUGUCACAUUAUAACUCCAAGCAUGACAUUAUUUUCAUGGUGGAUUUUAAAAAGGCUCACCAUGUAUAUAUGCAUUAUUUGUAACCAAGCUUAUUAUUAAAAAUUGUUUCAGUUCAAAAUUGUUUCAGUUCCCAAAGCUGAAAUCUCUUUGAAAUGCAGUAGAAACGUGUGAAAACGGUGGAUAUGUGCACUUUAUUCACCACAGAGCAUGUUGAUAAAAAAAAGGUUAUUUUGCAUCUUAUUUGCAUUUGUAAAUCUGCAUAUUAUUUACAUUCAUAUUUGCUUACUGGUCACGAAUAGAGCACCAGUGAGGAAGUGCCAGAAAGAACAUGAGAAAUGACAGAACAUUUAGAGAAAAGGUCAGUCAGGAAAUGUGUGAAAAAUAUGAGGAAAAGAGAAAGAUGAUCUGAUGAUGACGACAGUGAUGAUGAUGAUGAUGAAAUGUUUCUUUUUCCCAGUCAAUGCACGUAUAAUCUCCGGGAGUAUAUUGCUGCUUUCUGUGGGGACAAUAAGUCGUGGUACACUCAGCCUUAGCAUUCUUUCUGGUGACUGUCACCUUGCCGCAGUCUAAUGCCCUUCCCCUCAAUGCCCUCUUAUCUGCGCCAACCACAGAUGGCUGAUGGGCACUGCGCCCGGCAUUGGGGGUUAUCAAAAUGGCACAUACAUCUGUCAGGCUAAAUGUUUGUUAUGUAAUGAGACCGGGCAGAAGAACAGGGCCAGACAGGGUUUAGAUUAAAGUUAAACCUCUCUUCACACCCAAAUAAUCUUACUCAAACUAGCAGGGGACAACUGUGAACAUUUGUUCCGGACCCUGUAAAAAAGACAGGACGAUUGAGGUCCCUUAAUGGAGGUCCUACAGCCUACAUUAAUUGAAGGGCUGAUUUGGAAACUUCAAAAUGAUAAAUAAGACAAUUAAAGUUACACUGCUGUGAUAAAAUGUAGACUGUAAGUAGCUAAAUGUUUGAGACUGUAUGGUCUGGCUGUGUAAGCUUAUAGUCUGAAAUAAUUAAUUUUCUUUGCUUGACACACUGAUAUAACUGAAUUGUACAGCAUUGUCUUAAAUAUUGGUUUGUGUGUUAUAAAAUGAAUGAGAUGA